AGUCCAUACAGAGAGGAAUCGCGCAUUGUUUUUUCCUGGUCCAGAGACCCAGGCCGUCCGCAGCCACCAAGAGAUCGCCUCCGCUUUCGUGCCCCUCGCAAACCUUCUUCCAAAUUCCACCAACCUCGAGCCUCCGCCCCUAUAUAUCGCCCCCGGCGCCAAUUCGGCGAUCCACCAGCCACCUCUGACUCUGAGCGCAUCCAACAAAGGAGUCGCGUCACAGUCUACGCUAGCGGCCACGAAUCGGGGCGGCGGCGCGCUGCGAGAGAGAGAGAGCGGAGAGGAUCAGGCUGGUGGUGGGGAAAGCGUAGCGGCGGCAUGGAGAGCUCGACCUCGAGGACGAGCCUGAAUUGCAUCAGCCUGGUGGACCCCGACAUCCAGAGAUCGGUCGCGCUCCUCAAGCAGGCAUGCUUGGAUUCAGGCUUCUUCUAUGUGCUGGAUCAUGGGAUAAGCCAGGAAUUCAUGGACGAGGUUUUCGCCGAAAGCAAGAAGUUCUUUGAACUUCCGAACAGUGAGAAAAUGAAGCUUCUCCGAAAUGAGAAGAAUCGAGGGUAUACACCUAUGCUAGAUGAGAUUCUUGAUCCAGAAAACCAAGUGAAUGGUGACUACAAGGAAGGGUAUUAUAUUGGUGUUGAGGUACCUGCAGAUGACCCACAGUCAAAUAGGCCAUUUUAUGGUCCAAACCAGUGGCCUUCCGAAGAAAUAUUGCCCAAAUGGAGGGAGGUGAUGGAGCAAUAUCACAGGGAAGCAUUGAGAGUGGCCAAAUCAGUUGCAAGGAUCAUUGCUCUUGCUUUGAACCUAGACGAGGACUUCUUUGAUAGACCUGAAAUGCUUGGCGAUUCGAUAGCCACAUUAAGGCUCUUGCACUAUGAAGGUGGACAAAAAACAGGUCAAGUGUCAAAUCCUUCUAAGGGAGUUUAUGGAGCUGGUGCACAUUCGGAUUAUGGCCUGAUCACUCUCUUAGCAACUGAUGACGUAGUUGGUCUCCAAAUUUGCAAGGACAGGAAUGCUCAGCCUCAAGUAUGGGAAUAUGUAGCUCCUGUGAAAGGCGGCUUUAUUGUCAAUCUUGGUGAUAUGCUCGAACGCUGGAGUAACUCCAUUUUCAGGUCAACUUUACAUCGAGUGGUCCUUGAUGGGCAGGAGCGUUACUCCAUUGCCUUUUUCGUGGAACCAAGCCAUGACUGUGUAGUCGAGUGCCUGCCAACCUGCAAAUCCGAGACGAAUCCGCCAAAGUUCCCCCCAAUCACUUGCUCGGCGUACCUAUCCCAGCGCUACAAGGACACGCACGCAGAUCUGAGCACUUACAGCGACGGCAAAGCCUGAAAGAAGCACCUCUGGUUUUUGCUCUGUUCCCCUUUUUUUGCCUUCACAUCUAUAGUAUGACGUGUAAUGUUGCAAGUGGCAAUAAGAAUGCCCUUAGGACGGAGGAUGGCAAUGUUGUACUGCUAAUGUGCUAAUAUCAGUGUAACCAUAGCUGUGGAGAUGUCAUCAUUGUUCCUGUGGAGAUGAACACUGGUUGCCUUCUUUCUGAAUGUGUACAAGUUCCGAAGUUGAUUGCUCA